AUGACGACGGCGACAGGUCAGGCCAACCUUGGCGUCGGCGACAGCGUGGCGAUUCGCGCUCGGGCUCGUGCCAUGCACGCGAAACUAAUUGCUUGCAACAUUCGUUACAGUCACCGUAACCUCUUCGUCUGUCUGUGGCCGAUGCUCUUCUGGAGUACUGUAGGCAAAAGCGUGAUUGUUCUGUUCAUCAUUGGAGCCACUCGUCGUCGGUGA